GUGGCUUUGAACUCACCCUUCUUGGAUUACUCUUCAAAAAAAAGAACAGAAAAAUCUUACCAAGUUGGUGCAUUUACGAGAUUUUCAACUCAUAGUUGAUGACCUGGGGGGAUGUUUUAUUGGGCUUUUACCAUUCUACGAGGUUUUGUUCGGUCAGACUAAGGUGGCUAAGCUCAUCUUUGAUAGGGUUCUCGAUUUGGAAAGAAAAGAGAGUCAGCAAUUCAGAAGAGUCCAAUUCUUGAGUUCUGUAGCAAAUCACCAUUGAGAUCUUCACAUAGCUCACUGAGUUUUGUGAUUUUUAUUGGGGGUGGUCUCUGGUUUAGCUGUAGUGACGUUUUUCUGGGUCUCUUUGAUUUUGCUCUUGCUUAACUCUAUGGUCUGACACGUCUGCUUCCCCAAAUUUAGCCUCUACCAUCAACAAAGUUGUUACUGGGGGUACCCACUAUUCAAUUCAAUUUAGAUCCAAGCCCCAAGAACUGUUCUUGAAGAUUGAUACUCUUUAGAAGGGUGUAACAUAAAUUGGUGAGUAGUUUUCUCUAUUCCUCCUCUCUUCUUCCUGUGGGCAAUACUUUGGGUAGUGGAGUCAAACACGACUGCAAAGAUGAGUGUGGACGAAGCGGUUGCUAGCGCCUUGUGGACUUGGGAGCAGGAUAAGGCAUUUGAGAAUGCCCUGGCAACUUAUCCUGAGGAUGCUCCAGAUCGUUGGGACAAAAUUGCAGCUGAUGUAGAAGGGAAAAACCUAGAGGAGAUAAAGCAUCAUUAUGAACUCUUACUUGAUGAUGUAAGCCAGAUCGAAGCUGGUUGUAUUCCACUGCCUUGCUACAAUUCUUCUUCCGAGGGUUCAACAAGUCAUGCCAGUGAUGAAGGAACCAGUAAGAAGGGACACUACAGCAGUGAAUCUAAUCAUGGAAGUAAGGCUUCAAGGGCAGAUCAGGAACGCCGUAAGGGGAUUGCUUGGACGGAGGAUGAACACAGGCAAUUUCUUCUAGGAUUGGAAAAAUAUGGAAAAGGUGAUUGGCGAAGUAUAUCACGGAACUUUGUGGUAACAAGAACACCCACCCAAGUGGCAAGCCAUGCACAAAAGUAUUUCAUACGUCUGAAUUCAAUGAACAAGGACAGAAGGCGAUCAAGCAUCCAUGACAUCACCAGUGUCAACAAUGGAGAAAUUGCGGCAAUCCAAGGGCCGAUCACUGGUCAAGGAAAUGGUUCUGCAGUAGGCCCAUCUGGCUCUGCGAAAUCAACCAAACAAUCUGCUGCUGGACCCCCGGGGGUUGGCAUGUAUGGUGCACCAAGUAUCGGGCAACCAAUUGGAGGACCUCUUGUCUCAGCUGUUGGCACACCAGUGAAUCUUGCUGGCCAUUCCCCACACAUGGCAUAUGGUGUGAGAGCCCCUAUGCCUCCUGGAGCACUUGUUCCUGGGGCACCAAUGAACAUGCCCCCCAUGACAUACCCUAUGCCUCACACGGCUCAUAGGUAAUAUGCACCAUUUGCGUAUUUUAGCUUCAAAAUGUACAAAGAACAGAGAGAGACCAAGUAGCUUGAGCUCUUACCUCUUGUUGGGUUGGUUAUUAGGAUCAUUUUGCUCUUAGCCGAAGUGCUUUACUUAUUAGCAAAGCACGAGUUGUUUAAUGAUAUUUGUCUAUUCUAUUCUUGUACCAAAUAAGCCAUGACCCCCAAAGAAAAUGAGGAAGAAGUGCAAUGACAUGAAUCUGUAUAGACAAUUGCAAAAGAGAUGGUGGUAUUUAUUGGUAGAUUAGAAGUUGGGUA